CUCGGACAUGAGUAAAUGACGUCAGCUCCCAGGUCGCCGAACAGUGAAACAAACAUGGCGACAGAAUGGAGCGGGCAGCAGGGUUAUGUGCUCACCGUCAUUAUUUUCCUGUGGAGUGCGGUCGGUGGCCGGACAGAGACUGCGGCGGCGUCCGGUGUCAGCGGCGGAGGAGGCGGCGGCGGCGGGAGCGAGGUGCUCGGCAUGCGGCUGGAGAGGAGCGACAAGCCGGCCACCACCAAUGACGACGGUGUCAUCCAGGUGACUGAGGAGAGCUCCGUCCAGCUCCGGUUUUACGGGGUGCAGCUUCACUCGGGCGCCUGGACGCACGUCCGCUUCACGGAACUUACGGACGGUGGCGGGGGGGAUGAAGACGAGGAGGAGGAGGCGGUGGCGGCGGCGCGAGGCGGCAGCGGCAUGAUGGACGCGCCGGACAGGACUUGUGUUGAUUUCACGAAGGACAUCAGCGUCGGGACCUUCAUGAACGUGAGCCGGCGAGGGACGUCAGGGCUGCUUACCGUGCACAUUAAGCCGCUUCGUAAGAGCGAACCGCAGAAGGAGUAUGCCCUGUGCAUCCUGAGCGCGGAUGGGAGCACGUGGGUCCAGAUGGGAGACAAUGAUGGCAGGGUGUUGGUGGUGGAGGAGAAGAAGUCCCUGCUGCCCAUGUGGCUGCAGGUCAUCCUCAUCUCCUGCCUGCUGGUGCUCUCUGGGAUGUUCAGCGGCUUGAACCUGGGGCUGAUGGCACUGGACCCCAUGGAGCUGCGCAUAGUCCAGAGCUGUGGCACUGACAAAGAGAAGAAAUAUGCCCGAAAAAUUGAACCUAUUCGUAGCAAAGGAAACUAUCUUCUCUGUUCCCUGCUUCUGGGCAACGUCUUGGUCAACACCACCCUCACCAUCCUCCUGGACGACCUCAUAGGGUCAGGGCUGGGAGCAGUGGUGGCCUCAACCAUUGGCAUUGUCAUCUUUGGUGAAAUUGUCCCCCAGGCGCUGUGCUCUCGGCACGGGCUGGCUGUGGGAGCCAACACCAUCCUCGUAACUAAGUUCUUCAUGUUUCUGACAUUCCCACUGUCCUUCCCUGUCAGCAAGCUGCUGGACUUCCUGCUGGGCCAGGAGAUUGGCACCGUGUACAACAGGGAGAAGCUGGUGGAGAUGCUCAAAGUGACAGAGCCCUACAAUGACCUGGUCAAAGAGGAGCUGAACAUGAUCCAGGGGGCCCUGGAGCUGCGGACCAAAACUGUAGAGGAUGUGAUGACCCCCUUGGCCAACUGCUUCAUGAUCCAAGCUGACGCUGUGCUGGAUUUCAACACCAUGUCUGAGAUCAUGGAGAGCGGAUACACUCGCAUACCGGUGUACGACGAUGAGAGGUCCAACAUUGUGGACAUCCUGUAUGUGAAAGAUCUGGCUUUCGUAGAUCCAGAUGACUGCACUACACUCAAGACCAUCACCAAGUUCUACAACCACCCAGUGCACUUUGUGUUUCAUGACACCAAGCUGGAUGCCAUGCUGGAAGAGUUUAAGAAAGGUAAAUCCCAUCUGGCCAUCGUCCAGAAAGUGAACAACGAAGGGGAGGGAGAUCCGUUCUACGAGGUGCUGGGAUUGGUCACUUUGGAGGAUGUCAUUGAAGAGAUCAUUAAAUCAGAGAUCCUGGAUGAAUCUGACCUUUACACUGACAACAGAAACAGGAAAAAAGUAGACCCCAAUAAAAACAAGCGUGACUUCUCCGCCUUCAAGCAGGAAGGUGACAGCAAAGUGAAGAUCUCUCCUCAGCUCAUGUUGGCAGCUCAUCGUUUCCUGGCCACAGAGGUGAGCCUCUUCAGCCCCUUCCAGAUCACAGAGAAAGUCCUCCUGAGGAUCCUCCGACACCCAGACGUCAUCCAGGAGCUCAAAUUCAACGAAAAUGACAAACGCUCGCCGCAUCACUUCCUCUAUCAGAGGGGUAAACCCGUGGACUAUUUUGUGCUCAUUCUGCAGGGCCGAGUGGAAGUGGAAGCUGGAACUGAAAACAUGAAGUUUGAGACUGGGCCGUUCUCUUACUAUGGAGUCAUGGCUCUGAGCUCAGCAACACUGGCCGUCACCCCUCCUCUCUCCCCAUCAGUGGCGUCCCCCCCUCCACGACGCCUCUCUCUUAAGAGAUUUUCUCUGUUCUCUCGUUUCCCAGAGUUCCGCUCUCCAUCUCAUGGGGGCAACCUGAACCGCUCUGCCUCUCUGAGCUGCACUGAGCGCGCUCCAGAAAGCGGCUCUGUGACCGGCAGCAACACCCAGAUCCCGGGGACCCCCUUCCAGUACAUACCGGACUUCUGCGUACGUGCUCUCGCAGACCUGCAGUAUGUGAAGGUCACUCGUGCUCAGUAUCAGAACGGUCUCCUGGCUUCCAGGCUGGACAGCACACCUCAGUCACCAGAGGGCAGCCACACUCGCUUGGACAUGUCUGUCUCUUUGCCUCCUCCUGUGACACCCCCAGGGAACCGCAAUCCACUGCCCCUUGCCACACCUCCAGCAAAGCGCCCACCAUCUAACGCUCAGCCUACGCCGCCAGGAAACCGCUCCACUCUGUCCCAGAACACCUCCAACCGCAGGCCGAGCCAGUCUUUGCCCCAAGCCAUACCCCCGUCCAGCAACCAUACCAUCCAAACUCCUCUGGGCUCCACAGCAAUGUGCGGCUCUAACCCCCACCCACCUCUGACCUCCCCACUGUCCUCCAAGUCGCAGGAGUCUCCGCCCUCUGCUGGUCCAGAGAACGGGCCGGGAGAAACCACUACUCUGCUCAGUGAGCAGCAGAACUGUGCAGGCCCCCGCAGGCCCAGCCACCCCCACUCGCAUGUGCACACCAUCAGUCACGCACACACUGAGAGUACCAUCUAACACUUUCCCCUUUGGGGGUGUUUGACAAAACUACCUGUACACUGACAUACUCACUCACUACUUCCUAUUCUUGCUCGUUGAACUUUUCGGUUGGCAUCCGAGGAAAACUGAGGAUCAGCACACACAACGAUCCUCCUUUAUACCUUCCUGCAUGUUCCCCUCCCAACACUUAAAAAAAACUAUUAAUAAUAGAAUGGAGAGGCACAGAUAUAUACUACACACACAACACAUACAACAUAUAUUUAUGUUGUUCUGCAAGUCUUAAAGGCUCAGUAACUAAAUUAUAAAAGACUUAUUUUGUCACUUAAUCCCUAGUGGUAUCUACCUUUGCAGAUUAGUUUGUUUUUAUUUUAUUUGAGAAUUUAGUCCUUUCAACACAGGAAGAUAAAAACCCUCCCAGAGCCAUUGUUAAUACAAACUUGACCACUAUUUAUACCGAAGACAUAAUUAGAACGGGAGACAUAUUACUGUUGACUUUUUGUGGAUUUUAAUGACCUGAGCGACACAAAGAAAACUUCAGGGUGUUAAAGUGAAAGCAGAAGGGUCAUGCACAGACUCCAAACCUCAGCAAUGAUAGUAAUCAGAGCUUUUGUAAUUUGAGUGAACUGAACCUUUAAGCUGCCACUAAAAAAACACACACAAAAAACUUCCAUCUAGCAUGUUCAGAUUAGCACUGAAUCUGUCAAUUCUGCUCCAGUUUACUGGUUAGAGUCCAGUUUUAUUUUCUUUAAUCUUCGUUACCUUCCCAUUUCCAAAGAGUGAAUCUACCAGAAUGAAGCUGACGGUUGAGUUUAUUUUUGCGGGUAUGAUUUUAGAUGGGCCUCGUUAUAGAAAGCCUGCUGGCCUAAGAUGAUGCAGUUUGGGUUUUUUUGUUUGGAUUCAGGAGGGCUUGUUGUGAAAAAUUGAAUUUUAAUGUUCUGCUCAUGUCUGCUAGCAGCCUGUGAGCUGUCAGUGAGUCUAUUUACAUACCAGCAAACUGACCAGAUUCACUGUAAAGAACGGCCUUUGCACUCUGAAGUGGCUCGACAGCCAUACCAAUGAUUUCACAUAGUUAAUGAAAUUGCUGUAGUUUUUGGCAUCUAGUUUUCAAUCCUUUUGUGCAGUCAGUCCAUUCCAUUCAUUUCUGCAUAAUGUUUAAAAAUCUGUUUUGAAAUGUGCUUCAGUUAUCUGGUUAUUAUAUAAUUCAUCCCAGUGAACAUGGUGUCUGUUCAUGUUGAGGCGAUCUAACAGUGUGUACUUGAAUUCAACUAUACAAAACCAUGGCACCAUGAGAGAACGAACUGGGGUGUAGUCUAGCACAUUUAAGGGACCUACAAUAGAUAUUUAUACUGUGGGAAAUGAAUGGAAAUAAAUGACUGUAUGAAAGAAGGGGAACAAUCUGAUGGGAGGGUGUUUUCUGGUCUCUCAUGACAAAGGCAAUAUAUUUUAAAUUAUUUAAUUUCCAAGAGGAAUAUUGAUAUUUAUUUUAAUUUAAUUGUAAUUUGUGCUUUUUUUUUUACAUUUGUGUUUAUUUGUUUGGACUCUGUAUUUCAAGGUAAAGUUGUAUAUAUUUCAGAUGACACUAUCGGCACAUACACUGUUUAAGGUGAACAACUUCCAUGCAUCAUCUCCUGAAAUAUUCCUCACUGUGAUCAAAAUGUCGGUGCAAAGCUUCAUGAUAUUAAGACACAUAGCAGUCAACACUAGGUCUUAGGUUGUUGCAUCACUGUGAAUUCACUGACACAAACUGAUGGACUGAGUUCGGUACAUCAUUUCACUGUCGGAACAAACAUUUUAUACUUCUAUUCUACACUAAGCACCCAAUUUUCUGACUAAUUUGACAUUGUGUAAUGAACUAAAACAGGACAAUGACAUGAAGACCAAACAAUCCUGAACAACAACUAGUUUAUGCCUAUUUUCAGUAGUGAUUUAAUCACAGAAAAAGUGUCCAGGUUUGAUAAGGGCAUUUCUCCACAAUUGUCUACACAAGACUACUUCAUUACUGAGAGUUAGAUGAUUUACUGUCACGGAAGCUCUUGUCUUUUGGAUUUAAGUACAGUUGAAAAUUAUCAAAGAUAGAAGUAGGGGGCCCCAAAACUAGAAUCACCCCACCUCAUAACAUUUGACUUUUUCCCUUAAUUUAAUUCUUCCAAGGUAUUUCCUUACUAACUCACUAACUUAAAACUAAAUAUAAAGUAAUGUAUCCUUAAUGAUUAGUACAACCUAAUGUAGUUUGUAGCUUGUUUAAUGUCACAGAUUACACAUUUUACAGACUUUCUUAUUGUUGCAUGUUGUUUUCUAUGUCAUGUCAUUUGGGACUAGAACUGCCUGCGGUAUGAUUAUUCAUGACGUUACAACAAAAAUACUUGUCACACUUGAAUUUCCUGAGCUCUGGACUAACCUAGGCCCAGGACUAGAUGAACUUGGCUUAUUUAUUAAGCUUCAGGCUGACCGUUAGCCCAGAGUUAAGGACUGGCACUUUAGAAUCAGGUGAACGUGUCGCACACCCACAGCACAAUAGCUCGUUGAGAUUUAAUGGAAAACAAACAUUCCACUGUCCACGUCUUCACAAUGAUUCACACCACUGACGUUAACCCUCUGUUAGCAAUGUGACAAGUCUCCUGUUAUUUUCUGUAACUGAACAGCAGUCUUCACAACAUCUAGUGUGUCCUCAUGACAUUCCAGGCAUUAUUUCAUCCUCCUGGCACUUGAUACGAUGUGAACUACAUUUAAUUGUGUGUGUGUGUAAAUGAUUCUGUAUCUGUUUGACCUGUGUUAACGGUGAGGAGUUAAUUUUGUUUGAAUGGACUUCAGAUACACAGAGAAAGAGAUUACGAUGAAGAUGACUGUAGCUGCUCACUCCUCACUGUCUGGGUGAAGAGUGAGCUCAGAUAUUAAAGCUGCUAGCAUGUAAUCUACCUAUUUUUCCUAUGUAUGCAGUGACACUGAAACGAUUUAAGUGACUGUAAAGAUAAAUUAUUUUGUUGAGGAUAGUAAAAGAUAUUUAUUUGAGAAGUUGAAAAUGGAAGAACCAUUGUAUAAGCUAGCACUGAUUUGAAAACACUUUAUACUUGUGAGUUACAUGGCUUAAAUCUGAAAGUGUGAAUAUUUCUAAACAUUUUUCCUUUGCUUGAUGAUUUUUUUUUUAAUGUGCAGCUCAAGACUGGAUUAGUAACUGAGCAAAUCAGGCACUUAACCAAACCCCAUGAGCCCUAUUGCACCCACCCACUGUCGCUGUUGCUAGUGAUUUGAUUAUUAAAAGCAUUCACCACUAAAGCACAAUGCAGGGGUCUUAACCCAAGUAAAAGAUGUUUGCUCUUUGAGUAUUAUGCUUAAAUGCUCCACCUUUUAUGUGUUUAGAGUGAGCAUAUGUAACAACAGCCACUUUGGCCACAAGUGGCAUUUACAGGUGAUAAGUCAACGCUAACAUCAGGGAUGGAGACAGGGUUGCAUGAAUUCAUCUUUUCAGUUGUAAAAAAUAUAAAUGUGUUAUUAUUUUCUCGUCCAGGGGUCACAUAGUCUCACUUUAAUGAAGUCACAGGCAGCACGUCACCACAGAAAUACCCUCACACUGGGGUUUAACAAAUGGGGGUCUAACAGUAUGUUUUUGCCCAGUGGCUGUAGUAACUAACCUGACCGUGGAGAAGAUCAGCACUCCGUUAAGUUAGGCUUUAUUCCUGAAGGCAGGACCUUUGUGCUCAGUGAUUCAGGAGGGACAACAUGCGCAUUUAAAGCAAAGUUAAAGUUAGCCUUACCCUCUGUUUGAAGAGAUGUUAGACCUGCCUGCUGGUUCAUAUAGGUCUCAUGUAGCAAUUGGUCUCGUACCGGUUUCCAGUGAAGCCACUGGUUGGCUGUGUGACUACCAGUUUGUGUACUGGGAAAUGUGAAAACCAUUGUUUAACUUAGUAAUGUUGUAUUUAUUGUAAACAUUGUAUUUAUUGUUUGUUUUUUGUUGGGUUUUUUUUUUUUUUUAUUAGGCUUGCACCCUAAGGUGCGGUUCUGUGAAAUGGGCUUCCAGCUAAAAGACACAGCUUUCAAACACUGUGUUUAGCUCCCAGGUUGCUGUUUGUGUUAUAUUACUGUAAAUAUUCUGUACAUUAAAUGAUGGGCGUUUGUUUGAUGCUGGGAAGGUUGUUGAACGUCCUAUAUGUUUCAUUAUAAUGAGGGAUCAGAGUUGAAGUGAGUUGCUGUAUGUUUCCAUGGUUUUACCAAGACAUUGCAUAGCAAUAAACAUUGCACAGAGUGGACCUCAGAUUAUAACUUAACCUUUUGCUUUCUUCUGUAUUUUGUUACUACAUAUGAUGAUAACCAAAGCUUUUUUUUCUUUUCUUCAUUUCUGGCCUUCAUACCACUCUUGUUUCCCAUCCUUUUCUCUUCCUGUCAUCCUUUUCCAUCCUGUCCUCCUUUUUCAUUCUCUCCUCCCACACGUCCUUCUUACUUUUCACUCCUUAGUUUCCUCAUUGACUUCGAACAGUGCCCUUAUCUCGGCUCCUCUCCCGCCGCCCUAAAAUAUUGAAAUUCCUCUGGCUUUGACUGCUAGUCUGAUGUGCUAAGCUGUUUUUAUUGUUCAGACCUUUUGUAUUAUGGGACUAAAGUGGGGGAGCAGGGCUUAUCAGCAACUCCUGUAGUGUUGUUUUUAGCCCUACAGCAGUGUGAUGAUUAGACCUGUAUGAAGGUUAAAUAUUUUCUGGUGCAUGGUUCUCAUGCUGCCGAGUUUUCCACUGUGUAUGAUUUACAAGAUUGUUUGAAUUGUUUAAGGAUUUGCAAAGACAGGAUGAAGAGAGUGAAGAAUCAGUCUCCACAACAUGGUUUUGGAUCUUUCUUCAUCCCUUUCACAUGUUAAGAUUCCUCUUUUAUUUGCACACAGAAAGAUCAGUCAGUAUUUAUUAAAAGUUUCAGAACUGAUUGCAUAAUUUUGAUGUGUUUGAAGUGCAAAACUACUACAAAGUGAUGUUUUAAAUCUAUAGCUGGAUGUGGGAUUCAUUAACUGUGAAUAUACUGUACUUAAACAGCCAUUAAGUAAAGUUAUUUUCCUCCUCAUAUCCAAAAAAAGUAGAUGCAGAAUACCUGUUUGGCAGGUGUCAUGGUUAAACACUGCUGAAACAUGUUUUACUGGGUUGUGUUGAUAUGUUUUUUUCCUUUAAUGUUAUGGUUGAAUGGUGAUACAGGAGGACUUCCAAACAUGGAUUAAAGCAAUGUGUACAUACUGUUUUAUAAAGGCUGUAAGGCAUUUGGCAAAAUCUGAGGUUAAUAAACCUGAGAUCUAUUUCUCUACUGAAAAGCUCUCUUGUUUGGUUCGUAUUAAAGGUUUACUGUCAAUACCA